AUGAUGACUGGCUUUUACCAAGGUAGUCUCCAGGAUGGUAUUGCUCUCGCCCUGAGGGAAACCAAAGCCGUUGUUUGCUUCGUUCGAGACGACACCCAGAUGAGCCUGACGUGGGAGGAAGAGUACUUUGCCGGCGAAGAGAUUGCGCAAACACUUGACGCCAAAGCAGUUGCAUUACGUAUUACCGCCGGAUCCCAGGAAGCCGGGUUCUUGACUUCAAUUUGCCCUAUCGUCAAAUUUCCGACGGUCAUCGUUAUACACAAUGGCACGUUAAAGGAGUACCUUGUACCUGACAUCACAAAGGCUAUCUUUCAAAGUCGGCUUUUAAUAGCUGUGAACGGCCAAACUCCUUCAGAGCCUUCUCAGCAAUCGCAGAUCCGCACUGCUGCUGGCGAAAACAGUGAGGUCGAGGCCUCGAGUCCUCCUGGUUUAUCGCCAGUUACAAAUGUUACAAAUGUCACACCGACACAACUCCCAACAUACCCGACACCACAAAAUGCCCGUGUGGCUUCCUCUCCCACUCCGCCUAAACCCUAUGAGGACAAAAUUACUGGGGAAGUUAAUACAAAUAAUGCGCAGCCCGAGAAGCGAGUAUCACCGAAGCGCCAAGCGCCAGAAAAGGAGCAAAAGGAACCAACCGCCAGAAGAGUACAGACAGACAAGGUACCGCCAAAGACCAAGCAAACUGACACCGGCAAGAAAGCUACUCCCUCUCGUGAAGAGCCUAAGCCACAGCCACCGGUUCCCCGCGCACCCCCAAGUCAAUUUCGACUUCAAGUGCGACUAUUCGAUGGAAGUUCUGUCCGGUCCAGCUUUUCGCCUACACAAACAAUUCGCAGCGAUGUGCGUCCCUGGCUGGAUGGGAAAAUGGGAACUGAACAACGCCCAUACAAUCUUAAGCAUAUCUUGACGCCUCUUCCUAGCCGAACACUCUCCGUUUCUGAGGAGUCACAAUCCCUCAAGGACUUGGGACUGGGCUCAACUGCUACCCUGGUUAUGGUUCCUGUUUCAUCAUAUACAGAUGCAUAUUCUGGUGCAGGAUCGAGCUUACCUGUUCGGGGUAUCUCAGCCGUCUACAAUGUCGUUUCCUCUGCUGCAAGCACGGCUACGGGCCUCGUUGGUUCCCUCAUUGGAUAUGGGCCGACUGCCCCAGCCGCAGAUAGGAGUGGAUCAUCGAGCCCCGCAUCUGCAUCUGCGUCCUCAGAGAACACUCGGGCACGCAAUACGGGACUCAAUAUUCGGACGCUCAGAGAUCAGCAGAAUGACCGGAAAGACAGUCAAUUCUAUAAUGGAAACCAGUUGAAUUUUCAGCCACGCGAUCAGGAUAGGAAGAAUGAUUGA